GAAGUCAAAUCCAGUUCCAAUAAAAUCCAAGCUCGGUCAGCGUAGGUGCUAUCUGAGCCUAACGCACGUACAGACAGAAAUAGUGGUACUGUCAUCUGGUGAAACCUGGUGAAAGAACGACACAAAAGGAAAAUAAAAUGAGAAGCAGUCGGCGACGUCAACGGCGCCUUGACAGGCACGGUGAUCAGGGCAGUCUCCCACCGAAAGGCGACAGUGGACAGGACGAUGCGUUUCAUUUACCGGGCUUCUAUUACGACGCCUCUCAGAAACGUUACUUUCGGCUGACGCCAGGCCAGAACAGGCACAACCCGCUAACAAUGGCGUCCAUCGAGGCCAAGUUGACCGACAGGAAGUGUCGGGAAGUCGUCGACGCGAGUCUGCAGCGCAGUGGCAACACCGCACUGCCUCGGAGUCUGACUCGCGUGCAGACGGGGCAACUGCUGUGCGGUAGCCUGGCUGCUUCGGUCCAACGUGCGCGCAUGGCAUCGCUCAGAGGCACCUUGCAGGCGCAGGUUGACGACGGAGGGGAGUGCACCUUCCUAUCGGGUCAGAGGGAGUCGGGUCCUGUAGUCGUCAGCGCUUGGGCUACCGAAACUGAAGACGGCCGUCGCGGUACCAUCCUCCGCAGUGUCGAUGUCGGCAAGUGUACGACUGCUAGCUUGCAGACUAUCGCCGCACACCCGAGACAUAAGGUGGUGGACAUCAGUGUUUACUGCCGACCAGAUGGAACAAUGUACACUGUGUGCGCAUACGUAGCCUCAGACUGCAUGCCAGGUGCAAGCAGUUUUGCGGAGUCGCGUCCUGUAAAUGGCGAAGGUUCGGUCACAUCAUGGCCUUUCACUCGUGAUGCUUUACGUAGCUGUGCAUCCGCACCUGGAGGGCAGGUCCACGCUGUUGGCUUGGAACGGAAUGUACAACUUCUGCGACUUCGGGAGACUGGAUCGGUGGCAUCUGACGUGUCGACUUGUUGCGAAGACCCACUUGGUCUGGAGUUUAGUGAGGACAGCAACCUGCUGUUUGUGGGAACGCAUCGUGGUAAUGUGAUGUGCGCUGACUUACGCCAUCAACCACAGUCGAAUCAUGUGUACGUGAUUCCGCUCAAUCGGGGUGUGGUGUCCCUCAGGGUAAUGGAUUCUGGCUGCACGCUGCUUGCGAGUGCCUAUGAUGGAAAACUGGUUUUGGUGGACCUUCGGAACCAGCAAGUUGUGCAGGAAUUCACUGGCCACUGCAACAACGGGCUGAAAAUGCCACUCAGCUACAACGCAUCUGAUCGAACUGUGUGCUCAGCAGGACAUGACAAAGUAGUGCGGUUGUGGAAAGUGGGUGAGCGGGAGCCGCUGACUGCAUUGAAGCCUGGCAGCGGACAACACCAACCGUGGCCCUGGUACUCGACCGCACUGUUUUGUGCUGUUGGUGACCAGUGCCUCACUUUUUCCUGAUAAGAACGAUCAAGAGCUACAAGAAUCUUCAAUUAAAGCCAAUUUUACACUCGCAA